AUGCAACAUCCUCCAGAAAGUGCUUACAUGUCGGAAGUACCAUUUCAGCCAUUGUGGACCCAAGAUGCAACUGCACCACCACCUCCACCAAUUGUGCCCUAUCAGGAUUUAAUAACCGGAUUUCCAUGUAGUGAUUUGACUCUUUGGCAACGUUCACAAGUCGGCACUAUUGUGACACCUCGUCCCAAUGGCAGUAGUCGCCAUACGAAUGGUACUUCAUCGUCUAAUCCAAAUCCUACAAAGAAAACACGUCGCCGUACUGCAUCGCUGGCUCAACGAAGAGCUGCAAAUAUUCGCGAACGUCGCCGAAUGUUUAAUUUGAAUGAAGCUUUCGAUAAGCUACGACGAAAAGUUCCAACAUUUGCCUACGAAAAACGUCUAUCACGUAUCGAAACAUUACGUUUGGCUAUAACCUAUAUCGGAUUUAUGACUGAACUACUUACCGGAACACCAAUGAAGCGGUCCACAGAUAUUUAUGGCAGUAUGAACGGUCAUGCUCCGCAUCAUCAUCAUCCCGGUGCAAUGCCUCAUCAUUUACAUCCGUCUGCAUUUCAAAGGGAUUUCGUUUCACCAUAUGGUCAUAGCUUGGCUUGA